GAGUUACCUGUAAAAGUAAUAAGAGUUGUGUAUGUGUAUGUCUCUGUGUGUAAACAUAUAAUUAAAUGGUUCUCUAAAAUCCACACCUCAUACAACAGCUAGUAUUAUGUGUAUCUCUUUAUUUUUUUCAGAAUGGCAGAGGUGGCCUUGAUAGAAAGAUUGGAAAAAGCUGUAAUUAAGCUUGAAUCAUUGUUAUCAGAAUCACAUAGAACUUCUGGAGCCAUUAAUGGAGUCAACGGAGAGCUAGCACCAUAUGUUGAAGCUUUCGACCGACUCAUGAAUGAGAGCGUAGCUGAGUUUAUAAAGAAUAGCAGGAUCCUUGAUGGUGAUAUAAAGACUCAUGCUGAAAUGGUUCAUGCUGCUUUCCAAGCUCAAAGGGCAUUUCUUUGGUUGACCUCACGUUAUCAAGAACCGCAGCAG